AUGCAAUGCUCUGAUGGGAAAAAUGGUCUGUCAGAGCGGCGAUUGAAACAAUAUUCCGUCGGAAAAUCUGGACGAGUCCCGUUGACGGUCGGCAUCACAGGAGCUCGAGCAGACGAUGUGCUGCGUGGUGUGGAGGAAGCGAGUAGUGGUGAUGUUGCCAAUGUAGUCUUGCGCAUCCACUCUGGGGUGGUGUCGGCGCCUUCGAUCAUUCGGCGCAGUGUUGAGGCGGAAGUGGGCCGAGAUGCACUGGUGGAAACGGUGGCCAAGCACUUUUCAAUUUCCAAGGCCCAGGCAGAGCUUCGUUAUGACGACUUCCCAACGACCGAGGCUCCGAAUCAUCAGCCACUGGGUUCCGGUUGCUGUCAUGGCAUUGAGGAAGAAUGCAACUGUCCUCCAGCGGCCACAUUUGUGAUUGUGUGCCAAGGAGUGCACACAGGUUUUGGACGGACAAUGCAAGCCAUAGGUUUUGAACUGGCCAUGGUCGAGGAGCGACGUGUCGUUUGCUGGCGUGAUGUGUUGCAGCUCAUGUAUACACCUGGCUUGCCAGAGGGGAAGAAACUCAUCCUUCGUCCCCGUCUCUUUGAGCUGGUUGCUGGACCACAAAUUCUCUCGGUGGUGGAUGAAAAGGAGGACGUCUUGGACGUGGUGAAGAUCUUUGGAGGUGAGGGACCGGCGCUGAUGUUACGGCUCUCUGGCCGAGUGAUGCGGGUGCCGUGCGGCUCCUCUCGAGCUUAUCAGGUAGACGUGGAGACAAUUAGAGAGGCGGUGAAGGGCCUCGUGGUCGGAACUGAUGAGCCUGAGUUGAGCUACACCGGGAAACUCAAACUCCAACCUUUGAGCCUGGGAGCUUUGAAGAGCAGCUUGCAGAAAGUCAUUCGCUUCCAUGCCAAAGACGUUCUAGUGGAAGGCAAGGUGCUCCAAAGACAUCAGCAGUUGGAGUGA